GGGAAUAAUACCUGGUGAUUCAGUGGAUAUUUAGACAUGUAACUCACCGGCCACGAAAAACAAACUGAAGAUGAGUUUGGUUAAGCAAAUAACCACAUAAAAGGAAACAUCUCAAUUGAUUUUUCUGAUGGGUUUUCACCUUGUGUGAUAUCACAUUGUAAGAUAUGAAGGAAGUUGAUCAUAUCCGUAUAACUUUUUUUCAACAUAUGACGAAGCAAAAUGAAUAUAAGACUGUGACCACUGUCAGUGGGCUGAGCAACUCAUUCUUGGCUAAACUAUAAGCAAGGAAAAACUAAAUAUAUGACAUAUGAAAUGUUAUAUGUGAAGUUAACUGCAGGACUUAAAGCAUUGUGCAUAUUGGUGAUGAUGGUCACUCUGGAGGCUGACUCUUUUCGCCGAAUGAAAUCACCCUGGGGCUGCAGGGUCAAGGAGCUAACCACUCUCACCAAAACACUCAUCAAUGACAGCCUAACCAGCUAUAUGGCAGCCAAUGGACAGAACCAACCUUUUGCCCUGGGGUUUCCAGAUCUGGACCUCAACAGUACCUCACCUUCCCCUCUGGAGAGAGCUCAGUGUGGGCUACACUUCAUUGGCAAGGCCCUGGAAGAAGUCCUCAAGGACCAAGAGAGUGACCUGAACCCAGAUCACAUAUCAAUGCACAACAACCUGAAUGACUCUGUUACCAUGGUGUGGAGGCUAUCUGCCUGUCUGAAGAUAACCUUUGGGGGUGACUGCACCCAGAAGCCAGCCCACCCCGAGAUGCCCAAGCCCCCCUUUCAGAGGAAGCGUUGGAGCAUUACCCUGCUGGAGGAGUCACGGGACUUCCUGGUUUGGGUGGAGUCUGUGGAUUCCAGAAUAGUGAAUAGUGGAGUAGUGGAUUCCAGAAUACCAUAGAUUCUAUAAUCACUGAGUUAUAUUUUAUUUAUUAUAAUAUUAAUGUAUUUGAUGAAUUGAAGGUAUUUAUUCGUCUUAAAUGCUAUUUAUUCCGAUAUAUUUCAUACAAAUUUUAUGGAUGCAUUCUUUUAGUACAAAGUUUCAGCAUAUUACCAGCACAUGUCUGUCUACAGCAACAGCAUUUCUGUUUUCUUAUAAAGCUGAUUUGUAUUGGAAGUUCUGCAAUAAUAAUAAUACCAUUGCCAAACAGUGUCAUGAUGACAUAGUUCUAAUAGUUUGUGUUAAAUGAAACUGUUUGCAUACUUAGUGGACAGGCCUACACUGUGUUCCCUUCCCAUGUGACAGUCAUUAAUCAAAUUGCCAUGAAUGAACAUUUGUCAGGACCUUAAUAUAUUUUCUAAUUACAAGACAGAUUCUGUUUUCACAGCUUUCAGGAUGAUUAAUUGUUUAGCUCUGGCCAUGUUCCCCAAGUGGAUAAUUUAAAGGCAUGGAGAAUUAUUAUAUCUGCAUAGGGCUACUGUGCAUCCCAAAUGGCACUCUAUAUAGGGGCGGCAGGUAGCCUAGUGAGGAGGCAGGUAGCCUAGUGGUUAAAGC